AUGAAUUUCCUCAAAUCUCAACUCAAAACUAAAAGUUCACAACUUGAAUCGAACUCCAACCUAAGUUUACCAUCAGAUCCAUUACGACAUUUAGAACAUUUACCAUUAUUAAGCAUCUUAGUACCCAUCUUAGGAUCUCAUUUACAUGGAUCUCUAAUUGAUUGGCAAAACAUAAUAUUUUGUUUGAUUUUAUUUAUUUAUAUUUUCAAUUUGAUCAACUUACCAUGGCAAAUGUUAAAAUCUAGUCAAUUUAUCCAACCUAUUGAUCUUAAUCCAGAUUCCAAACCAAUCGAUCCAUUAACGAUUAAAUUAUUUUUCUUAGCUACUAGUUUUAAACCAGUUGAAUAUCUUUUAUCUCGUUUACGUGAAGGUACUUUAUUUGGUAAACCGAUUCGACCUACUUCAAUGAUAUCCAAUGGACAAAUCGAAUUGAUUGAUUUGAUAGGUAGAUUUGAAGAUACUCAAACUCGAAUAAGAACAUUAGAAAAAAGAUUAGCAAGUGAUCCAGAAUUAGAUUCAUUACGAUCUGAUACUGAAUUGAUUUUAGGAAAAGUAGCCUUUCAAUUAAAUCAACGUUCAACUCAUCUCGAUAGAUCAUUAGAAUCUGAAAUGUCACAAAUGAUGAGUUUGAUUCAAAAAUUAAAUCAAACUAAAGAAUCGAUUGAAAAACUUGAGAAAGAAAUUGAAAAGAAUAUCAAAAUUAAAGAGGAUGAAAAAAGUUGGGUUUGGGAUUUGGUUCUGAAUGUGGUUCAAAAGCUUGCCAGAUUGAAAUAUAGUCAAAAGAAACUUAUUAAAUAA